AUGGUUUCAGGUUCCGGCGCAUGCGCUAAAAGAGUCGUGGUGGAUGCUCGCCACCACAUGCUCGGUCGCUUAGCAUCGAUCGUAGCGAAGGAACUUCUAAACGGCCAGAAAGUUGUGGUUGUGAGAUGCGAAGAGAUCUGCAUCUCCGGUGGCCUCGUCAGGCAGAAAAUGAAGUAUAUGAGGUUUCUUCGGAAACGGAUGAAUACGAAACCAUCUCACGGUCCCAUUCAUUUCCGCGCUCCUUCCAAAAUCUUCUGGAGAACUCUUCGAGGAAUGAUCCCACAUAAGACAAAGCGUGGGGAAGCUGCUCUUGCUCGCCUUAAGGUUUAUGAAGGUAUUCCUCCUCCAUAUGACAAGAUCAAGAGAAUGGUCGUCCCGGAUGCACUUAAGGUAUUGAGGCUUCAGAAGGGACACAAAUAUUGUCAUCUUGGACAACUUUCAUCUGAAGUAGGGUGGAACUAUUAUGAUACCAUAAAGGAAUUGGAAAACAAGAGAAAGGAAAGAUCAGCAUUGGCUUAUGAGAGAAAGAAGCAGCUCAAUAAAUUAAGGGUGAAAGCUGAGAAAAUUGUGGAAGAGAAACUUGGCGCCCAACUCGAAAUUCUUGCUCCUGUCAAGUACUGA